AUGAACCGCAGCAAUACCUUCAAACCUGAGCGCGAACCUCUCCAACAUACAGACACACUUCAGCUGAACGAUCGCAAAGUCCACGGUCCCGUCUCGUUCCUGAAUCCUACCCAAGCUCGUUUCAAUCCAGUAAAUCCGUCCGAAGACAGCCAAACAGCAAGACCAUCAGAUGUUGUUCCUCGUACUCAGACGCAGAGACCUGGAGAAGCCCAGGUUGCCAAUGCUGGAUACCAGUGGACCUCACGCAACAACCGAAAAGGACGACAUACCCUCGUCUACAACCAAUCAGACGACAGCGAUGCGGUCUACACCAUUCCGCGCGCCACGAACAGUAUCAAAGAAGUCCUCAAAGUCAUGUUUCGCAUGUUCACCUACUUCCCCGUCUGGGACAUAUCCUACCUCGUCGCCAUAAUCUUCACCUUCGGCUCCCUAAUCUGGAUCCUCAACGCCCUCUUCACCUUCCUCCCCUACACUAACCCCUCCUCCCAAUUUCCCGGCGAGAUCGUCUACGGCGGCGGCAUCACAGCCUUCAUCGGCUGCCUUGUCUUCGAAAUCGGCUGUGCCCUGCUCAUGCUCGAGGCCAUCAACGAGAAUCGCGUUGGCUGCUUCGGAUGGGCUUUAGAACAGGUCUACGAUGAUUACUGGAGUCCUGGGAACAGGCGGGAUUCGACGCAUGUGUUCCCGAGCAUAGCGCAUUGUUUCCACCAUCAGCAGAACCGGAAGAACUUCCUUGGUCUGCCGCCAGAGCUUGCGAGGACGCGGACGAGUGGGAUGUCCGUUCAAUUUGAUACGAGGCUGGACGGGGAGAAGUCGUGGAUCUGGUUUCCGUCGAGACGGGAGUUGCGCUCGCACUACUUUCGUGAUCUCGGCUUUCUGGCAUGUCCGUGUUUAUUUGUGGGCAUGAAUGUCUUCUGCAUCGCUGGCCUCUUGGGUCUACCAGGCAUUUACUCGCAUCUCGACACGCCGGCCAAGGUCAAUGGAGCAUACUGGAUCCCCCAGAUCAUCGGCGGGUCGGGGUUCGCAAUUGGAGGCUUGCUGUUCACGAUCGAGACGCAGAGGCGGUGGUGGCUGCCUGCUCCGGGUGUACUGGGGUGGCAUAUCGGCUUCUGGAGCUUGGUCGGCGGUGUUGGGUUUACCAUCGGUCCAACCUUUGGUCUUUGGGCGGAGGAUAAGCACUGGGCGGCGUAUCAGGCAAACUGUAGUUUCUUCUAG